GAAUCUGAAGGUCGCAGACAAAUUUUUUUUUUCUUUUAGUCAGUGACACGUCACUCGGAGGAAAAACUGUAACGCUGAAAGAUUCAAACGCAGAAUUAUCGUCAUCUACCGACAUGGGGGGGGUUUUCUCCAACAUAUUUUCGGGACUGUUCGGGACCAGAGAGAUGCGGAUACUGAUUUUGGGGCUGGAUGGUGCUGGGAAGACCACCAUCCUGUACCGUCUACAAGUGGGAGAGGUGGUCACCACCAUCCCAACAAUCGGUUUCAACGUAGAAACGGUCACGUACAAGAAGUUGAAAUUCCAAGUGUGGGAUCUAGGGGGACAGACCAGCAUCAGGCCCUACUGGCGGUGCUACUACUCGAACACGGACGCCGUGAUCUACGUGGUGGACAGCAGCGACAGAGACCGCAUGGGAAUCUCCAAGACCGAGCUGGUGGCCAUGCUGGAGGAGGAGGAGCUGAAGAAGGCCAUCCUGGUGGUGUUCGCCAACAAGCAGGACAUGGAGCAGGCCAUGACCCCCGCCGAGGUGGCCAGCUCCCUGGGCCUGGCCGCCCUCAAGGAGAGGAAGUGGCAGAUCUUCAAGACCUCGGCGACCAAAGGCACGGGGCUGGACGAGGCCAUGGAGUGGCUUGUGGAGGCCCUAAAUAGCAGGCAAUAAUCAUGCCUGUGGCCUUAACCCCCACCCUCCUUCCCCAUGUACAUAUUCCUGAUUGAGCCCCCCCCUCCUCCAUUUUGGCUCAGGACUGUACCCCCUCCCCAUUUUGGUGGCAGCUCCAAACCCCUACACUUCACCUGGCCAGGAGAGAGUCAGCACGAGGUGGACAUCCACAGUGAACAACUCUCAUAUUCAGAGAGCCAUCUACUGAAGACAAGACUUUUUUUCUUUUUCUCCAAUCAUUUACCCAGUUUAUUGGACGCCCUGAUUGGUGGCCCAGUAUGGUGGACUGUUGACAAGUUAUUGGCCAAACUGGUCUUUCCGGCCCUGUGUGGUGAUUUGUAUUCAGACUGUUCUUUUCUAUUCUCAGGCUGCUAAGACGGGCCUGCGUUGUUUUUCCACAUUUCUGUCGUCCGCUCUCAAACCGGCUGCAGAAUUUUGAUUUUGAUAUGUUCUUAAUUUCGGUAACUGACAUUAGUGCCUGAGUGUUUUUCUCCGGGAUCCAUUCCUAAUUGCCUAUUUAUUUAUGAGCUUUCAUUGGUUCAAAACGGUUUAAUAAAUAUGUAAUCAAGCUGAAAUGAAUAAACGUGCACUGUAAAUGGUAAA